UAUCGAUAGACCUGAGUGACAUCUGCGACGAUUGUGUGGCCCUGGAACCAAACAGCUGUUGUGUUGUAUCAAACAUUUUGGAAAGAACUUCAAAGAUUGUGACUCAACAAUGGUCAUUACCAACAACACAACACUGCCCGAGGAGGCGGAUUUGGAUGUCCAGGAGCUGAAUCUGUCGUCGGCGGCUCUGCGAGCUGGUGCCUUUCAUUUGGGCAAGCAAUGCGAGACUGCUAAUAAUGAGUUUAUGUUAUGCAGGCAAGAGCUGGACGAUCCGCGAGCUUGCCUAGGUGAAGGAAAAGCGGUGACCAGCUGCGCCUUGGACUUUUUCCGGAAAGUGAAGAAGUCGUGCCAUGAAGAGUUCAUGCAGUACGCGACUUGCCUGGACAAGAGCAGUGGCACCAUGGCCUUUUCACACUGCCGCAAGACACAGGGAGUGUUCGAUAAGUGCAUGAAGGAUAACUUUGAUUGGGAACGUCCAUCUUACGGUUACUUCUCCAGGGCCAAGGUAAUCAAGUCAGCUCGUGAUCCACCUAAGAAGGAGGAGAAGGUAUCCUACCCCGACGCCACUCCCGGUCUGCCCGAGGAUUAUCCCAAGCCGCCAGCCAAGUACGGCGCCCGCUUCCACUGGCUGGAAUAAUCUGCUAUUGCUUAGUGAAAUUUGAAAGCGUUCAUCUUAACAUAAACUCUUGUUUCCAUUAGUA